CUACUCAAGCUCAUAAUCCUCCAGUAGAGUAUCUCUCCCUUCUUUUCGUGUAUACUAUACAUGCUAUACAUGUACACUCUAAUCACGCGGUUCUCCUUUAACUUCUUCUUGCGACCCUUUAUCUGCUUUGCCCUCCAAUGUGACUGUUAAAGCCAGUACAGGAAAUGCAGUCUCCUCCAGACUCUCUCUCCAACAUCUUUCAUCUGUUUCAACAGCGGCACCAUCGGGACUCAUCACCUUCAAUCGACUUUUAAGACCUGGAGUUAAAUAAUAACAAUACCUAUUACGGAUAAACUCAUCAAGGAACAGUAACAACAACUACAGCAGUAAUAAAUAAAAUACUCGACACGCCCAUCAGAUCUCUAGGACCCGACGCGAUGAUCAACUUCAUUCUCAUCUUCAAUAGACAGGGCAAGAUUCGUCUCACAAGAUGGUAUCAAUACAUGACAGACAAACAAAAAGCAUCGCUCAGUCAGGAUGUUGUGACACAGAUCCUGGCAAGAAAACGAGGCAUGUGUAAUAUUCUUGAGCUCGAAGGAAGACGUGAGGCACGAGGCAAAUGUAUCUAUAAAAGAUACGCAUCGCUGUUCUUUUGUUUUGGAAUCGAUUGGAAUGACAAUGAACUCUCAGGGCUGGAAGUACUUCACAAAUAUGUCGAAUGCCUAGAUCAAUAUUUCGGAAACGUUUGUGAACUCGAUAUCAUUUACAAUUACUCUGCAGCAUAUCAAGUUAUGGACGAGAUGUUGCUAGGAGGACAUGCGCAGGAGACUAAUAAGAAGAUAGUUGUGAAACAUUGUAAAGGAUUCGACAAGCUGGAAGAAUCAGACAGUAUCGUUAAUAAUCUUCGAGCGUCCAACAUUGCUUGAUCCUUUCUCAGUCCUAAUAAUCCAC